GAAUAGUCUCAUCUUGAUGCCCUCUGGUCUCAUUCCCUUCUUCCCUCCAUCUCUUCUCCUUUCUCCAUCCCUCGCUCUCUCUCGGAACCCCUCAUACUGACCUGCGGGGAGAUCGGAGGGAGAUCAUGCUGUCUGUACUGGCACUGACGUCCGUGGUGCUCUUGGGCAUAGCCUCUCAGACCACGGCUAUUGUUGUGUACACAAGCUGGGAGAGACAUGCGCUGGUGGGCACAGAUGUCAGACUCUCCUGCUCUUUCUUCUCUUGGAAAUGGACUUCUCCAGACGUAACCUUCUCGUGGCACUACCGUCCAGAUGGGGAAAAAAACAGCAUUUCUAUUUUCCACUACGCAGGCGGAGCACCCUAUUUGGAUAACAAAGGCCCGUUCCGGGAGCGUCUGGAAUUUGUGGGGAACCCCAGUCGCCGCGACGGUUCUAUCCUGAUCAAGAACGUCGAUUUCGGAGACAAUGGAACCUUCACCUGUGACGCCAAGAACCCACCUGACAUUGCUGGCAGCCCCUCUACCGUUCGACUGCUUGUGUUUGAGAAGGUUCCCGUCCAGGCUGGCGUGAUAACAGGGGCUAUUAUUGGUGUAGUGUUGGGACUGCUGAUCCUCAUUGUGGCAAUUUACUAUCUGAUGCGUUUCCUGGUCGCCAGACGAGUGUUCAGCUUGAGCAUGAGUAAACAUGGCAAGAAAGGCAAAGGAAAAGAAGGAUCACAGCAAAAACAGGCUUUGGCUGUGACGGAUCCGGCCAAGCUGAAGGCGGCAGCAUCAGAGAAGAAGAAACAAGAGUCUCGCAGGGAGAAGAAAUAGGGAUUGUGGAGCAGAGAGCUAGAGCUCCUGAGCGGGGCCGCCUCCACCCAGACCCAAGCCCAGGAAGAGGCAGCGGGGAUGGGCAGGCAGGACAGGGUUCUUAUGACCAUUGAGCUAGAGCUCACUAAACAGGAGAGAGAGGGAGGGCAAACUAAAUCGAGUCCCGCUGCGUUCUUUUCUCAACUUGCUCGCAGAUUCACUCUCAAGUGAGAGAGACGGGUAUGAAAAGAGGGGGUGGUGGAGAGUUUUGGAGGCAAGGAGAUAAAGACAAAUCCUUACAAAACAGGAGGACAGGAGAGGGGUGAUGUUUGUCUCAUUUUAAUCCAAUUCCAAACGGAAAAAAAGAGUGGUUCCUAAAAAAAUAAAAGACUGUGUCCAAUCUAUGUGCUGCACGACAAGUCUACAAACACAAUAUCUAUAAAUUUACUUGCAGCUGUGACAAGAUAUUUUACCCUGUAUUCUAUCUGUCCUAGUUAUGUUUAGCUGUGUAGCUCCGCCCACAUUCAGAUCUUCUUCAUUCAAAAGCAUUCGCCGCAUUCAGUGAGGUUCAAAAUCCGGAAUAGCUUCUAUUUUGCAUUUUUGCAUUUUUUUAAUGAUGAGCUAUGUAAUAAGCUUAACAAUUUUUGAUUAUAUAGGAACUGAAAAAAAUUAUGUGAAUUUCAGAAUCUGUUAGUGUUUGAUUUGUCUUUCGCUUGCUUUAACAGCAGCAUUCUGCUUGAAUUCCAUAAGUUUGCGUAAAACCUGAUUUGAGAUGAUCCAAAGUUCAUCUUGAGCUCGAGUGGAAGCAAGAACAUCUUACUGUACAAACGAAUUUACGUGCACAGUAUUUCUCAUUACGCUACAAAUUUUAAAUCCUAAAACCUUCUGGAAUGUUUCCAGGUAUAAAUUAGCUCAAAUCCCAGAUUAUCAUCGUGGACUUUUGAACCCCACUCGAAACGUAUAUUGUACAUCUGUUCUGUGAAACGGCGCUCGGUUUUUGCUUUCAGGGAAAAAAAAGUUGUUGUGCCGCACCUGGUUAGGACACAGUCUUAAAAAAAAAAAAAAUCACACAUUCACAAGAAAACCAAGAGCUGAGAGCCAUCCAUUACACACACACUGACAUCUUGUGAGAGCUGUAAUAGUGGCAGAAUGGUUUCCUCUUGUUACGUGACAGACAACUCUCUCUUUCUUUCUCUUUCUCCACACACAUACAAUCUUAUACAAAAACACAAUCCAAGCUGCACACUUUUCACAUUUUUGUACUUUUGUUCAAAAAUGAUUUUGGAAACUCUAUAUUAACUGCCUUUUUUUCUCAUUCCCUCCCUCUCUUUCUAUUUUUCUCUGUUUUCCUGCCUGUCUCUCUGUUUAUGCCUGUCUUUGGUCUUCCUAUUCUCUAAUCUCUCUUCCUUAUAGCACUUCUGACCUUUUUUUGUCUUUUUUUCCUACUUUUCCAUCUAUGCUUUCACCAUUCUUGUUAUCUGAUAUACUGGUGCUAUUACAUUACUUCCUGUAGGCUGGUCCCCUAAAGUAGCCUCCCUCCCCAUCCUUCUUUUACUGAGAGCUAAAUGUAGCCCUUUUUUAAAUCAUGGAAUCAAACAUGCACUUCCUCACUGUUAAAAUCUCAUUUCAGCCACAUAAAAUUUGUUCAUAUUUCCUCCAGCACACACUAACACUAAUGGUGUCAUCCCAUGUAUCCCAUCAAGCAACGUUAAAUGCAAACCCAAUAGUUUUCUGACAGGAAUUAGAAUCUGACUUAGAGUUGUGGUGUGUUUUUGCUCUGACUGCAGUGACUGAAAUGCCCAAAAUGACGUCGAUACUGUUGGCAGAGACGCUCAAACACAUAGUUACUUGAUACUCUAAGUCAAAUUCUCACGUCUGUCCACGUAAGCUGUUGUCUGACAAACAGCUGAUUAUUUUAACACCCUCUUGUAACUGGAGAAGUAUCUCUAUCUCUCUUCUGUCCAGUGACGGACGGCAUUUUUUCCCCUGACCGUCUCCACACAUAUCAUUAGCAAGGCCAUAUCACUCCAACCCGAGUCAUAGUUUUACUUCACCUCUCUCUAAUCCUCCUCUAACUAUCAUGAACGCUCAUCCACCACCACCUCUUCUCAUCCCCUGUUUCUGCUGGUAAGAAUACCCCAGCUCUCUCUCCUGCCCCCUGCUGCCCAAAGGAGAAGUAUUUUCAUUUGGCCGUACUGUUGCAAAUAUGUCAAUGCAAAAAAAAUUGAAGUUCUUUUAGCUAGCUCUCUGCUGACUACGAUAGAUGCGUGUUUUUCACGCCUUUGCAUGUGUAUGUUUUAAGUCUGACGAUAUGUCUGUAACCUGUCAACGCGUUUGAGGAACAAAAACGACAUAAAACCAACAUUGUAGAAACAUUCGUCACGUUAGUAAUGAUGACAAGCUGUGCAGCAGCACCCUGGGACUGUUUGCGUGUUGGAAGCAGAAAUGUAAUAGAGUUUAAUGAUGUUUAAUAAUAUUUCUGCACUUUCAUUUGACUGACAUGGCGGAAUCCAUGUGGUUGUUUCUUCGUGACAGUGUUUACCAUCAUGGUGUUGGCACGUUAAGGCUACGGGAAGUGAUGCGGUGAGGGCGGAAAGGGUUUUGGACGUUUUUUGAAGGAGAAAUAAAUUAUGAAAUACUGAGAUGAAGACUUGGACUGAGCUCAUAUUCAGGUGAAAAGUCAAGCCAAAGUACAAUAAACAUCUCAGUCUCGCAGGAUAUGUUUUUCUGUUCAAGUCUUCACGUCUAUGUAUGUCAGCCCCAAACCAGACAGGGGCUCGCAUUGGGAAUGCUAGGAAAAGCUUAUAGAAUUGCAAAGGCUUGUGGGAAAUAUGUUUGUUAGCCUACAGACAGAUGCUUUUUAUGCAUCUCAGAGUAAAUGUCGAGCAGCCACAUGGUACCUGCCAUUAAACUGUGUUUAAAUAUUGGGGAAUUCCCAUGUUGUAUGUAUUGUGCACCUGUAUUGGUACAGGUCUAGGUAACCGUUCUUUCUUCAAACUCCAUUAAAAAGUCUAAUUAUUUUUUACUUUUAUUUUGACUUUAACACAGCUAACUUUGGAUUUCUGUAAAAUGUCUUGUAAAAAGCAAAAUCGUUGAAAUAAUUUCAGAAAAACGUCAAUAAAAAAACAGAUCCCUUG